AAAGAGGAUGGCACUGUGAACCGGGACUUCAAGAAGACACGGACAAAGGAACAAGUCAUGGAGGCCUUCAGGGAGUUCACCAGAGGAAACCGCAAUGUUUUGAACAGUUACCUUAACCGGUUGAAGGGUAUCCGCGCUACCCUGGAGACAUCCCCGUUCUUCAAAUGCCAUGAGGUAAUCGGGAGCUCCCUCCUCUUCAUUCACGACAAGAAGGAACAGGCCAAAGUCUGGAUGAUUGACUUUGGGAAAACCACCCCGCUGCCAGAGGGACAAGUUCUCCAGCACAACGUGCCCUGGGUGGAAGGGAACAGAGAGGAUGGCUACCUCUGGGGGCUGGACAACCUCAUUCAGAUCCUGACAGAGUUGUCCCAGAGCGAAGACUUGCAUUAAAAGCCGUACAUCCGACUCUGCCACUACCCCCAACCUGCCCCUCGACUGACUCUUCUGAACUGCACUACAAGACACUUUCCAGCCCUCGCCCUUCCCAUUUGAAAGCUAUACUCUCCCUA